GUACAAACAAAAGAGAUAUGAUUAAAAAAGAUCCCAUCACCUUUCCACCCUCCCCCUUUUUUCUUCUUCUUCAUCUAAUCAUCCCCACCUCCUUCUUUUUAACCUCUAAUAUAAAUACAUAUAUAACAAUUUUUAUCCUUUCUUCUUUUUCUUCUUUUUUUUUAUAUACCUUUUUUUUUUCUUUAAAAAUAAUAAUAUACAUGUCCAAAGCUUCAA